CAAGUCUUUAGUGCUCUUCUAGCAUGCGAAAGCACGUUUGCCGGACUUAGAGAAAUUGGCAGCUCUCCAACGCAAUCUGGUGCUUCCCUGAAGGAUGAAUUAUGUCAGCACAGAAAAAUAAAAAACGAAAACGCAUUAGGGGACCUUCGAGAAUUCGGUCUUGGCGGUCGUCGUACAAGCCUCAGGAGAUCCGGAUCAACACGAGGAGACAGCAAUCGAUAACCAGGCACCUUCGAAUAUUUCAAAGAAGCGAACUGGCGAUGAAGUCACCAUUAAGAGUUGUAAGGACCUACCGAUGAGUCGAGACUAUCCAAAAACAUUCGCUCAGCUCGUUCUGUCAGCCAUUUUUGAUAAUCCUCUUCCAUGCGUCGCGCUAGCCCUGAGAUCUUACUGAAGAACCUUUGAACACAUCGAUGAAUAAAAAUAAAUUGCAUGGGAGUUUCCACCGAAAAUGGGCGUUGGAGGCGAAGAAAAUGAACUGCUUUUUGGAUGGGAUGCUUGUAAGUAGGACCUUUGAUGAUGUUACAGAUGGCUAGUUCAGUUGCAAUUACACACGCUGCACGUGAAAUACCGAGGCAGUCGUGA